AUGAAAGAUUUAUUUUCACAUUAUAAAGACAAAAUUGGAGAGGAAACGAAUUUAGAUUCGUUAGGAAAGAUUCUACUCGAAAUGGGUGAAUAUGAUAAAGCAGCUAAGUACUAUGAACAGUACCUAAAUGAAUCCCAGAUAGCAAUGGCUGACAGUUUGUGUGGGUUAGGAACUGCUGAUUUGCGUAAUGGAAACUAUGAUGAAGCACUCAAUAGCCUAAGGAAAGCUUUGGAAUUGAGAGAAAAAUUAUACUCAUAUAAUCAUCCAGAUGUUGCUCAAUGUUACAUGCGUAUUGGCUUGGUUUAUAAUUGUAUGAAGGAUUAUGAUACUGCUUUAAAUUAUUAUAGCAAAACACUUGAUAUUCAGCAGAAAACACUUCCUGUAAAUCAUUCUGAUUUUGCCAAGACUUAUGGUAAUAUUGCUCUUUCACAUGUCGGAAAAUGUGAAUAUGAGUUAGCUUUACGAUAUUAUGCUAAGGCAUCUGAAAAUCAGGAAAUAAAUUUACCAGCUUCUCAUCACCAUAUUGCAAUGAUGUCCGAUAAUAUUGGCGUUGUAUAUGAAAAUAUGUGUGAUUAUCAAAAGGCAAUGGAAUAUUAUGAAAAAGCACAUCAAAUAUUUCGAAAAACUCUUCCUCCCUCCCAUGAGUUUACCAAAACGGCAGAAGAUAACAUUCGUAGAUUAAAAUUAGAAAAAAAGUUGAAUUGA